GAGGGCUCGAAGGGAUGGGGGUCCCGCCGAGGAGCUCGGCUGUGAUGGAGAGGGGGCUCCGGCUCUCAGGUGUCCUGAUGGCAAAUUUCAAGGGCCAUGCACUCCCAGGGAGUUUCUUCCUGAUCAUUGGGCUGUGGUGGUCAGUGAAGCACCCUCUGAAGUACUUCAGUCACAAGCGGAAGAACGGCCCACUGCAUUACUAUUACCAGCGUGUCGAGAUCAUCGAAGCCGCAAUCAGGACUUUGUUUUCCAUCAUUGGGAUCCUGGCAGAGCAGUUUGUUCCGGACGGGCCCCACCUGCACCUCUACCAUGAGACCCACUGGAUAAAGUUAAUGAAUUGGCAGCACAGCACCAUGUACCUAUUCUUUGCAGUCUCAGGAAUUGUUGAUAUGCUCACCUAUCUGGUCAGCCACGUUCCCUUGGGGGUGGACAGACUGGUUAUGGCUGUGGCAGUAUUCACGGAAGGUUUCCUCUUCUACUACCACGUCCAUAACCGGCCUCCGCUGGACCAACACAUCCACUCACUCCUGCUGUAUGCUCUGUUUGGAGGGUGUGUCAGUAUCUCCCUAGAGGUGAUCUUCCGGGACCACAUUGUGCUGGAACUUUUCCGAACCAGUCUCGUCAUUCUUCAAGGAACCUGGUUCUGGCAGAUUGGGUUUGUGCUGUUCCCACCUUUUGGAACACCUGAAUGGGACCAGAAGGAUGAGGCCAACCUCAUGUUCAUCACCAUGUGCUUCUGCUGGCACUACCUGGCUGCCCUCAGCAUCGUGGCCAUCAACUAUUCUCUUGUUUACUGCCUUUUGACUCGGAUGAAGAGGCACGGAGGAGGAGAAAUCAUUGGAAUUCAGAAGCUGAAUUCAGAUCACACUUACCAGACCGCCCUCAUGAGUGGCUCAGAUGAGGAGUGAGCCGGCAUGUGGAGGGUGUAGACAUCCCACUGAACAGCUGGAGUGAAUGGAGUUUAUCCCCUGAAUGCCUGCUGUCGUCUGAUUUUAAGUCUAUGUAUUUGCACUCCUCAUUCAACACAAGGCUGGAGGUUCUAAAACAGGAAAUCAGGCCUACAGCAUCCAAUAUAUCUUGCAGUUAGGAUUUUUAAACAUAAUUUAAAGUCUAUGUUGGUACAGUACCCUUUGUAAAGAAAAAUGAAGUAAUGCCUCUGAGCAGCAGGCCUUUGUGUCUCAGUGUAAAGAGAAAUCAAGAGAUGCUAAAAGCCUUACAACCGAAGUGGCCCUAUGGAUGAAUCCAGGAUAUGAGCCCAGCAGGAGAACUUGCUGCUUUUGGUAACUUACCCCUUUUUCUCUUAAGAAAGCAGGUACUUUCUUAUCAGAAAUAUGUUAGAAUGUGUAAACAAAUGACAGUGCCUUUAGGGUUGCAGGUCUAAGUUACGUAUUUUUUAUAAGUAAAAUAAUUCACAGGC